GGGACUUGUUAUAAAAAAAAAAGGGGUAAGCACAAUGAUUAGGUUGUUUCUAUAGCAAGAAACAACAACGUUCAGGUCAAAUAGUUCAUCUGUACCUGCUGUGGAAUUUAAAUAAACAGUGCAGACAUGAGCUCAGAGCUACCGCUCCUGCUGGAGACCAUCAACUUCGCUGCAGAGAAACACCGAAAUCAACGCCGCAAAGAUCCUGCUGCAACCCCGUACAUCAACCACCCCAUAGGAGUGGCGAGGAUCCUGAGUCAUGAAGCUGGAGUCACAGAUAUUGAAGUUUUGCAAGCAGCCCUGCUUCAUGACACUGUAGAAGACACAGACACCACUUUUGAAGAACUGGAAGCUAUGUUUGGAAAUAAAGUAGCUAAGAUUGUCCAGGAAGUGACUGAUGACACAACGCUACCUAAACAGGAAAGGAAACUUCAGCAGGUGGAACACGCACUCCACUGCAGCCACCAAGCCAAACUGGUCAAACUGGCUGACAAACUGUACAACCUACGCGACCUCAAUCGCUGCACCCCUGAAGGCUGGACAGCGGCACGUGUUCAGGAGUAUUUUGUAUGGGCGGCUCAGGUAGUAAAACGGCUUCGUGGAACCAACACUGCACUUGAGGAAAAGCUGCUCCAGCUCUUCAAGGAGAGAGACGUGGACAUGUGAGGAUGAUCAAGGAGCUUUUCACCUGGUGCAGCUUUAAUAUUGUUGUAAACACUCAAUGAUUAAGUGUCUCUGUAAUUGUUUUCAUCAUUCCAUAAUAUUUAUGGAUCAGAAAAUGCAUUUUUAUAGACUAUGGUGGGGGGUGUUUUUGGGUUGUUUUUUUUUUAUGAAUACAUGCAUCAGAUGAAUGUAUUGGUAUGUUAUUGACAUACAAAAAAAAUAAAUGUAUAAUAUAUAAUAAAAUUAAUGUGAAAGAAAUCUUCCUCCAGUAAGUUACUAAUACAGACUGGCCAUAUGUACAAGUAUAUGUAAUAAUACUUGUAUAUACAUGUAUAAUGAUUAUUUAAGGCAUAGUAGAGUUAUGUGCCUUAAUUACUGUAUAUGGAAUGAUGUCUACUAAAAUUAUAUGUGCAAUUUUAUUAAAGUGACGUUAAUGUACGGUGGUGCAGUGGGUAGCUUUGUCUCCUUAUGGUUUGAGGAGUCUCUGAUUUGGGUCAUUCUACAGAAACGUGCACUUUUGGAAUGGCAGAAUAUCUUAAAAUGUAUUUCUUUUUUUAACAUUUAAACUUGGACCACAUUAUUACUUAGAUCAUUGGCUGUAUGAAUAUACUUAAAUGACAGCAUAAUGAUUUUUUUCUUUUUUUGUGCAUUUAUUUAAGGUUGGCAUGCACUGUCUAUUUGUCACUGGUGUUACCUUACUCAUUUGGCAAUAAUAAAAACCUUUAUGAAAUAUUAUUUUUCAAUCUCUUCAGCACAUUAAUAAUGCAACAAAUCAGAAGAUUUUAUUUUGAUUUAUGGUUUGUUAAAAGUGUGGUUUAAUGAUGUUCUUUUCAGUUGCACAACCAUGAAAAUAUUUUUAAAAAAAUAACUAUUAUAAACAAGUAAUGAUGCAAUCCUUGGA